AUGUUGAUAACGUAUUUCGCUAGGAGUGAGGCGUGGCAUGUGAGAAGUAUAAAAAAAUACUGUAAUAACAGGAGAUUGUAUAGUGAAAACAGGACAUCGAGCUGUUUUUUAAGCACUUUGCUCUCAAAUUAUGUGAUUUUUUGCGUUGAAAAGGUACAGUUUAAUAAGAAAAACAAGAAAUUAUCAAAAUGGCUGGAAUAA